AAUUUGGCUGGGUACCAUUAUUGCCGUCUGCAGAGACCAGAAACCAAAUGUCUCUGCUCUUAAAUACUUCCUCCGCUCUCAUACUUUCUCCUUCAUCAGCUUCCUCUUUCUCUUCUAUAAAGCCCCAUCUUUUCUUCUCUUCCUCUUUUGCCCUUACUCCCCGUCGCUUCCCCCGCUCCUCCCUCGCUUCCUUGAGGGCAUCUUUGUCUUUUCGUAGCCAAGAUACGGCUGCUACCACUACCAUGAGUGACGCUCCCGACGCUGGCAUGGACGCCGUCCAAAGACGCCUCAUGUUUGAGGAUGAAUGUAUUUUAGUGGACGAGAGUGAUAAUGUGGUUGGCCAUGAAUCCAAGUACAACUGUCAUUUGUGGGAAAAGAUUCUAACUGGAAAUAUGCUGCAUAGAGCAUUCAGUGUAUUUUUGUUUAACACAAAAUAUGAGUUGCUCCUUCAGCAACGGUCUGCAACGAAGGUAACAUUUCCUCUUGUAUGGACAAAUACCUGUUGCAGCCAUCCUUUGUACCGUGAAUCUGAGCUUAUUACGGAGAAGUGUCUUGGGGUGAGGAAUGCUGCGCAAAGGAAGCUUUUGGAUGAGCUGGGUAUUCCUGCUGAAGAUGUUCCUGUUGAUCAGUUCAUCCCGCUGAGUCGCAUGCUCUACAAGGCACCUUCUGAUGGCAAGUGGGGCGAGCAUGAACUUGAUUACCUCCUAUUCAUUGUCCGAGAUGUUAACAGUCAUCCAAAUCCUGAUGAGGUAGCGGAUGCUAAAUAUGUGAACCGUGAUCAACUGAAAGAGUUAUUGCGAAAAACUGAUGCCGGUGAGGAAGGUUUGAAACUGUCACCUUGGUUCAGACUUGUUGUGGACAAUUUCUUGUUCAAGUGGUGGGAUCAUGUUGAGAAAGGGACCCUUGAGGAGGCAAGUGACAUGGAAACCAUUCACAAGUUGACUUAAAGAAAAAACAAUAGACUGCCGGAAAGUUUAUUCCAAUAAAUGCAGGUCUGAAAUAGUUCUAAAAAUGCUGGUUUCUUUUUGUUGUUAAAUCCUGUUAUUACCCACAUGAAAAUAUUACAUGUUAAAAUUUGAGUUAAAUCUUGCAACUGGCUUGGCUUGAAGUCUGGGGAGUGGAGUACUGUGAUUGCAAGAAAGAAAAUAUUUGAAGCGUGUUAUAAUAUUUGAACUAGUUGUAAUUGCCUAAUUAAUAGGUAUUACAAUUCAUUUUACAUUGCUUUCAUGUUGGCCAGAUUCCAUGCAAUUAUUAGAUCACACCUUUUCUUUGAAAUACUAGCUUUUACAAU